AUGUGGGGUCCCAAGGGAACUACUUUGAGGCUGAUUAGUUGUCCAAUGCAUCAGAAAGGAGGCAAGACAAAUAAAAAGAACUACAGACCAAUAUCUCAGCUGUCUGGUUUUUCUAAAAUACUGGAAAAACAUAGGUUCAGAAACCACAAGUCAACAGAAACUGCCAUUUUUAAUUUUGUUAGUGAAUCAUUGAUUGCAAUAAACCAGAAGAAACAUGAAUUGGUAAUAUUUCUGGGUCUCAUAUAUGUCUUGGACAUGACAGACCACUGUUUACUGCUUAAAAUCUUAGAAUACAUAGGACUUAUGGGACUGACACAUGAGUGGGUGAUGUACAUGAAUGGGUGA